CUCAAUCAGGAAGCUGAACUGAACCUAAAGUGGCGCACCGAGGGCGGUGCAGCAGUUUAUUGCUUAACACCUGCCAUCCCCUCCUCCUCCUCCUCCUCCCACCACCCCAACAGCCAUGGCGACCAAACGGGUGUUUUCGCCCUGCGAAAUCGAGGCGCAGAUAGCCUCAGGCAAGAUGAUUGUGAUCUUUGAGAACCGCGUGCUGCGCGUGCCAGACAGCUGGCUGCCUCGGCACCCGGGCAGCGACAAAGUCGUGCUGCACAUGGUCGGUCGCGACGCGACGGACGAGAUCAACUCGUACCAUUCCGAGGAAGCAAAGGAUAUGGCGCGCAAGUACCAGAUUGGCGUUAUUGAGGAGCCCUGGGUGAACAUGAUCCCGCCGAUCCAGGGCGGCGUGUUUCGAACUGCAGAGCAGAUCGCGGCCACGGAGGACGAAGGUGUGUCGGUCGGCGCCAUGUCUUCGGGCUCGGCCACGAGUUCGGACGAUGAUGACACCUGCGAGAAUGCUGCUGCCCGGCGGCGGGUCAUUACACACAACAAGGGCGGCGCUACUGCCGCGAGCAGCAUCGAGAAGAAAUCAGAGAAGCCGAUAGUAGUCGCGCCGACUGCGCGCGAUGUUCCUACGUCUGAGGAGUUGUUUGCAAAGUACGAAGAGCAGCUGCUGGCCGAGGACCUGGAGAAAUACCCUUCGCUCGACUACGCGACGCAGCGGUCGAUUACGGAAAAGUACCGCGCGCUGGAGGAGAAGCUGUUCCGGGAAGGAUACUUCCAGUGCACCUACUGGGGCUACGCGCGCGAGUGCGUGCGCUACGUCAUGUUCGGCGGGCUGGCGUAUUUUUUCCUGCAGGUAAAGUGGUACAUGACCUCUGCCUUUUUCCUCGGCUUCAUGUGGCAUCAGCUUGUGUUUACAGUGCACGACGCCGGGCAUUACGCCAUCACGCACAAUUUCUUCAUCGACAACUUUGUCGGCGCCUUCAUUGCCUCGUACGUCGGCGGUCUGUCGGUCGGCUGGUGGAAAUACAACCACAACGUGCACCACUUUGUCACCAACGAUCCCGUGCACGACCCGGAUAUCCAGCACCUGCCGUUCUUUGCCAUCUCGACAAAGCUGUUUGGCAACGUCUUUUCGACAUACUACGAGAAAACGCUCUGGUUCGACGCCGCCGCGCAGGUGUUUGUGCGCUUCCAAAACUACCUCUAUUACCCGAUCCUCUGCUUCGGCCGCUUCAACCUCUACCGGCUCGCGUGGCAGUACCUGCUCCUGGGCCAGGGACCUACAAAAGGCAGGGCCGCGUUCUGGCGGUACUUUGAGAUCGUCGGCCAGUUUUUCUUCUGGUACUGGUUCGGCUACAAACUCGUGUACCAAUCGCUCCCCUCCGCCUCGGUCCGCAUCGGCUACGUGCUGAUCUCGCACAUCGUGACGAUGCCGCUGCACGUCCAGAUCACGCUCUCGCACUUUGCAAUGUCGACCGCAGACCUGGGCGCGUCCGAGUCCUUUGCGCAAAAGAUGCUGCGCACGACAAUGGACGUCGACUGCCCGACCUGGCUCGACUUCUUCCACGGCGGCCUCCAGUUCCAGGCCGUGCACCACCUGUUCCCGCGCAUGCCGCGACAUAACUUCCGUAGCGCGCAGAAAUCGGUGAUUGAGUUUUGCAAGGACGUCGGCGUGCAGUAUUGCAUCUACGGCUUCGCGGAGGGGAAUAAAGAGGUCAUUGAUCGGCUGGCGGAGAUCGCGAAGCAGGCUACUAUCUUGAGAGAUUGCACGAAGCAUAUUAAUCAGGAACUGCUCGCGACGGGGAAAGUCGAUAUGUAGUUCUGUCUUUGUGUUCUUUUUUUUUGUAGUUUGGGUAGACGGCAUAUUUACUGAAACAGUCAUCGAUGUUUUCUUAUCAUUAUUCCUCUUUGUUUUUUAUCUCCGUUUUUCAUCAUCUCGCGCUAGGUUAAUAGAAGCAAAAAUUCGUUGUUAUAAAAUAUAUACAGUGCCGCUCCACCUCUGUAGUCUUUCCUUGUUCUCUUUGAUUAUAUCCCGUGAUUUAACUGCAUCUUAAAUAAAUACUCUAGUCUAUUUCAAUAUUCGAAUUAAAACUUGUACAAAGCGUGAGAUACAGCGAGAAGGCGGGGUUGAGAGGAUUUUUUAAAAAUCACGCAGAAUUGGGAGUUCACUGGCGUUGCGAACACUACCUGCC